AUGGAAACAAGGCUUAUUCUGAAGGCAACUGGAUUCAUUUUCCUACUAGUUAUUGGCAUUCCAGCAAAUGUCACUGUCCUGGUGGCCUUCCUACUUUCAGGGAUUUAUGAUACCAAACUCUUGCCAACGGACAUUAUCCUUACAAAAUUAACAUUUGUAAACCUUGUUGUUGUCCUUCUGAGAGGGUUCCCACAGACCCUCAUAGCAAUAAGAAAGAAAGUACUGUUUGAUGACUAUGGGUGCAAACUUCUCAUUUUUACUUACCGUGUUUUCCGAGCAAUGUCCAUAUGUAUAACUUCUGUACUAAGUUGCUAUCAAUGCAUUAUUUUGUUACCACCUUCAUCCAGAUGGAUAGUUUUAAAACAAAAAUUUUCCCAUAAUAUUUUACCUGUCUUUUUAAUUCUCUGGUGUAUUAACUGUAUAAUUGACAUUCCUGAUGGCCUUGUAUAUACUUGUGCUCCAAUUAAUUCAACAAUUCCAAAAUACACUCUUAACUUGGAAUUUUGUUUAGUUGUUUUCCCUCACUAUUUUUCAUAUGUAACCAACGGUGUGGCAUAUUCCAUCCGAGACUUCUCAUUUAUUGGGAUGAUGGCAUUUGCUAGUGGCUACAUUGUCACAAUGUUGUACAGGCAUAACAAGCAAGUCCAAGGCAUCAGAAAUUCUGAUCAAAAACAGGGAAACACUGUAGAAACAAGGGCAGCUAAAGCUGUUGUGCUGUUGGUCACAGUGUACAUUAUUUUAUUUGGAAUUGAUAACUUUAUCUGGAUGUACACUAUGACUGUCUCAAAUGUGGCUCCUGCUGUUUCAGAUGUUCGUGUGUUUGUGGCCCUGUUGUAUACUUCUGUGAGUCCUAUGAUAAUAAUUGGAACAAACAAGAAAAUUCAACUCAGACUGAAAUGUGUAUUUCUUGUUAGUGAAAGAAAUAUACAAGAAAACAUAAGAGUUGCAAGUAAUAAAUGUAUGAAAAAUUAA